AUGGAAGCAAUCACAGAAGGAGUGAACAACAUCAAUAUCGCUGAUUCUAUCAAGAAGAACCGUAUUCAGGUCUCCAACACCAAAAAACCACUCUUCUUCUACGUAAAUCUCGCCAAGAGGUAUAUGCAACAGCAUAAUGAGGUUGAGCUUUCAGCAUUAGGAAUGGCCAUUGCCACAGUGGUUACUGUUGCGGAAAUUUUGAAAAACAACGGUCUUGCUGUUGAGAAGAAAAUCAUGACUUCAACAGUUGACAUUAAAGAUGAUUCCAGAGGUAGACCUGUCCAAAAGGCUAAGAUCGAAAUAUUACUUGGGAAGACUGCAAACUUUGACGAGUUGAUGGCUGCUGCUGCGGCAGCUGCUGAAAACGGUGAAAAUGGAGAUAAUGAAGAGCAAUCUGCAUGA